UUGUUUGGCUUGACUUGGGUAGGUUUGCUGGCGCUUCAUAGCCGAUCCGAUCGAGUUUCGGUUUUUGGUACUUAUCAAAGGGGAUUUGCCGCAAGCGCUUGUGACGCAUUUACCUGUUGGUGGGCACUUAGUCUUUUUUGUGUACUGGCGGUAGUCACGAGUGCGUGUUUUUUAGUAAAAUGAGCGACUGGUCAAAUGAAGAUGUAUUAAACUUCCUGGGAUGUUACCAGACAGAACCAUGCAUUUGGGACCCACGCGAUCGUGGCCACAAGGACAAAAGGAAAGUUGCCGAAGCAUGGAAUCGUCUUAGCACCGCAUUAAACAAACCGGUAAAGGAACUAAAAGCGAAAAGGGAAAUUCUCAUGGUCUCUUUUAGGAAAAAUUUAAGGAGGAAACAGAACUCAAUUCAAUCUGCCGCAGGAAUCGAUGAUAUUUUUAAGCCAUCAUGGUUUGCAUAUGAAUUAAUGGAAUCGUUUCUUCAGCCGGUAUACAGCACAAAGUUGAAUUUAAACUCAAAAACGCAACUAAAGUCAUCAGAAAUAGCUGCAGAUGCAAUUGUUCAUGAAUCUGAGGAGGCAUCCAGUGAUAACAAUCUGUCGAGUCCCUUGACUUCUGUAGCUGCGGCCCCUGCCCGAUCUAUUAAAAAAAGGAUAACAAAAAGCAAGAAGAAAUCUCCCCGCCGCACUGCCUCAGUCUUAGCCAAACAAAAAGCGACCACAGCGCUUAGCCAAUUAACGAACCCGCCUAUUCAACGUCCAUCAGAAACUUCAAGGGCAGAUGAAGAAGAUGAAUGUGAUUUGUAUGCUAAACUUUUAGCCAAAAAGAUUAGGGAACUUCCUAAAGACGACAGAAAGUUAAUGAUGUACGAGAUAGAUGGUUUAUUUAUUCCUAAAAUUAAACUGAGGGCAUUUUCGCGAGAAACACCAUCCCCUCAGUAUUUCGCACCUUCUACACCAUCAUCAGUGUCGACGCCUCAAAAUAUCGAUGAUGAGAACUGCAUUUUACCUGUUAAAGGACUUUUUUGA